AUGGGAAUACCUGUUAGGCAGUUCGUCUAUACAUGUAUUCUUGGUUAUAGGCAUUUGAAGCAUGGAAAUGAUGUUGGCUCCACUGUUUGAGAUUUGUUGGCCUAAACCUUCUGAAUUAUUUGGAAAGUAUACAUGGAAGAUAGAGAAAUUUUCACAGAUUAACAGAAGAGAACUUCGUAGUAAUGCUUUUGAGGUUGGAGGCUACAAAUGGUACAUUUUAAUUUAUCCCCAAGGUUGUGAUGUUUGCAAUCAUCUAUCUUUGUUUCUCUGUGUUGCUAAUAAUGACAAACUUCUUCCAGGUUGGAGUCACUUUGCACAGUUUACAAUAGCUGUGGUUAAUAAGGAUCCAAAGAAAUCAAAAUAUUCAGAUACUUUACAUCGGUUCUGGAAGAAAGAGCAUGACUGGGGAUGGAAAAAGUUUAUGGAAUUAUCAAAAGUGUGUGAUGGGUUUAUAGAUUCUGAUACUCUAAUUAUAAAAGCUCAGGUUCAGGUCUUAAGCUUCUGUGCUUUCUGGUUAGGAAUUGAUCAAAAUGCCAGGCGCCGUAUGUCCAGGGAGAAAACAGACAUGAUUCUGAAAGUAGUUGUAAAACACUUUUUUAUAGAGAAGGAAGUAACAUCUACUUUGGUGAUGGAUUCCCUUUAUAGUGGGUUGAAAGCCCUUGAAGGGCAGAGUAAGUGCAAAAAAGGCAAGUCAAAAUCAUUGGAAACAGAAGAAAUGCCGGCUCCCAUUGUUCAUGUGGAGAAAGAUAUGUUUGUCCUGGUGGAUGAUGUGCUAGUUCUUCUAGAGAGGGCUGCCUUGGAACCAUUGCCUCCAAAAGAGGAGAAGGGUCCUCAGAACCGUACAAAGGAUGGGAAUUCUGGGGAGGAUUUCAACAAGGAUUCUAUUGAGCGCGAUGAAAGGCGUCUUACAGAAUUGGGUCGCAGGACAGUGGAAAUAUUUGUCCUUGCCCAUAUUUUCAGCAACAAGAUAGAAGUUGCUUACCAGGAAGCUGUUGCUUUGAAGAGGCAAGAAGAGCUAAUCCGUGAAGAAGAAGCUGCAUGGCUGGCUGAAAGCGGACAGAAGGGUAAACGUGGAGCAUUAGAGAAGGAGAAGAAAUCAAAGAAAAAACAGGCCAAACAAAAACGGAAUAAUCGUAAGGGCAAGGAAAAAGGGAGGGAGGAGACGGCCAGUGUGGCAAUAAAUGAUAAGCAUGGAGAAGAAAACCUAGUUGAUGAAAAGGAAUCGGGAAUUGAUGAGAUGCAUCAUUUGCCUGAAAAGUCUGAUGUCAUGGAAGACGAUUCUGAUGUCUCAGAUUCAGUGGAUGGUGUUCCUGAAGUACUUCAGCCUGACUCUGAAGACAGAGAUGCCAGUCCUGUUAAUUGGGAUACUGACACAUCUGAAGUUCAUCCUCCCACAGAAGCCAGUAGUAGUGGAGUAAGUGUACAAAAUGGUGUAGCUGAUAAAAGGAGCCCAUCUGUGGGUGAUGAUAGUUCCUCAACAUGUUCUACAGACUCAGUGCCAUCGGUGGUAAUGAAUGGAACUUAUAGGGGAAACUUUUAUAACAAUCAGAAUCAAGAAUCACCUAGCAGAGGGAAGAACCAGUCUGGCAGAGCAACAUUUGAUGGAAAUGGAAGUAGUUGGACUAGUGAAAUUGAUAAUAGGCCUUCUGGGCCUGUUCAGGGGGCAGGGGAUCUUAAUGAUGCAUCCGAAAGUAGUAAGGCUGGUGAGUCUGAUUCUGAGGCUGUUGUUUCUUCAUUGCAGGGUCAGACAAAGUGGCUAGACCAGGGUGUGGUUAAGAAGGAAGGAGUUGGUUCUCAAAAGAAACAGAUUCAUAGAGACCAAGUUGAUAUGGAAAGACCUAAAGAGAAGACAACAGCUAUACCUUCAUCCCCCAGAAGCCCGCCAAGGAGUCCAUUGCCUACUGUUCCUCUCAAGGCAGAGCAUAAGAGUGCUGCCACUGUGACUCCUGUGCCAGUUAGGAAGGCAUCUUCAAAUGGCUCACAACAUACCGAUCAAGCUGUACCUCCUAGUGCUAGUAGUACUUCAUCUCAAAUGAUGGGAAUGCCAAAAUAUGAGACUCAGAAGGCUGCAAAUCCAAAGCCAACUGAAAAUCCUCUGACAUCCUCAUUGCAUGUCAUGUCAAGGUCCUCUAGUGUUCCUCUGGUACCUGGUCCUAAGGCUACAAUUCCUGCUGUUUCUAUAGUUCAAACCACUCCAUUACUUGCUCGUUCAAUCAGUGCAGCUGGACGGCUAGAUCCUGAUCCCUCACCUGCUACCCAUAGUUAUGUUCCUCAGUCAUAUAGAAAUGUGAUAAUUGGAAACCAUGUUGGUUCUGGUUCAGCUGGUUUUGCUCACCCUAACUCCUCAAGUUCAGGAGUAAAUCCAUCACCAGCAUACUCACAGCCAUCUCCCAUUGUCUCUGCAACAGUAUUUUUGUCCCAGAGCUCUGAGAGGAUAGACCAGAAUUCUGUCCAAUCAAGCUUUCCCUAUGGCAUGGUGAAACGGGAUGCCUUGCAGAAUGGACCUCAAUGGAUGGAUGGUUCUCGAGGCAGCAGAAGUAUGCACUGUGAUCCUUCUCCGUUGCUCAGUGGCAUUCAAAACCUUGACUUAUGCCAGCCUGUGCAGAGCAGUUCCCGAGAGCUGAUAUCCAGUGAGUUUCCAGCAUGUAAAUCCCAAUGUCAGACCCAGGGCGGUGCCAUGGCAGAUGAGUUCCCACACCUUGAUAUCAUCAACUACUUGCUUGAUGAGGAACAUAGAAUCGAGAAAGUGGGUAAGGAAGGAUCAGUCUUGCACCCUCUUGGCAACGGCUCACAUCCUUUGAAUCGUCACUCAUCUUUUCCAUCAGAAAUGAGCAUAUCAGGUGAGAUGGGUCCAUUAAGUGCCUCAUGCAGGUUCGAGAGGGCACGGAGUUUCCAUGGCGAUGGUUUUCAACGGGGUUAUGGCUCUCUGAGUCAUUAUGAUAUGCACACAGAGUUCUUUCCCCAAGCUAGUCCACUACCUUAUGCAAACGGCCAAAUUGAUGGAUUGAUCCCAGCACAUUGGCAAAUGCCUGGCUCUGAUCUGUCACUACUCGGCAUGAGGAGCUCAGAAAGCGACAGUUACCCUUAUCUUGGCACAGAUUACUCAAAUUUGGCAUGCGGUGUCAAUGGCUAUACAUUAUUUCGACCAUCAAAUGGACACUGACGGAGUUUGCCCACAAAGCAGAGGAAUGCUUUAUCCGUUGUAAUAAUAUGUUGGAGGAAUUGGAGCAAUGUGUUGGCUCUUAGAUUUGGGGUGAGUUUGUAAUCUUUUCCAAAAGAAAACAUUUUGUAAAAAGUGUUUCUUCAGCCUUUGCAUUUUGUAUCAGAAAUGCGACCCUUUUUUUUUUCCUCCUUUUUAAGUAAUCAAAGUUGGAUAAUUCA